GCUGUGGUGCAAGGCCAUCUUUGCUGGCUACAAACGAGGCCUGCGGAACCAGCGGGAGCACACGGCCCUGCUGAAGAUCGAAGGUGUUUAUGCCCGUCAGGAGACAGACUUCUACUUGGGCAAGAGGUGUGCCUAUGUGUACAAAGCUAAGAACAACACGGUAACUCCUGGGGGGAAGCCCAACCGGACACGAGUGAUCUGGGGGAAGGUGACCCGUGCCCAUGGGAACAGUGGAAUGGUUCGGGCCAAGUUCCGCUCCAACCUUCCUGCCAAGGCCAUUGGACACAGAAUCCGAGUGAUGCUGUAUCCAUCUAGGAUCUAAAUUUUUAUUGAAAAUAAAAUGGAGAGGCUGUU